GGAGGGAGCGCGCGGCGCGGCUGUGGACGACUCGCUCAGAGCUUCAGCUGAAACAUAACAACAACACAUCAACAAUCAAAGCAACACCACAAUGAAACAAUCUGUUUCCAUAGCGCUUCUCAGUGUGUUUUUAUUUCUUGGAGCUGUUUGCAAAACGUACGGUGAGUUCUGCAAGGUGAACGUAUGCCACAACGGGGGCACUUGUGUUAUUAGGGUGGGCGACUCCCCUUUUCUUUGCAUCUGUCCAGAGGGCUUUGCUGGUGAAACCUGCAAUACCGCUGAGACAGGGCCCUGCAAUCCCAACCCAUGCAAGAACAAUGCUACAUGUGAAGUAAUCUCUCAAUCCCGGCGAGGGGACGUCUUCAGCGAAUAUGUCUGCAAGUGUCGAAAGGGGUUUGAUGGUGUACACUGCCAGAUAAGUCUCAAUGACUGCGAUGGCCAUCCGUGCAGUAAUGGAGGGGUCUGUCAAAAGCUUGAUGGAGAUUAUAGCUGCCGCUGCCCCUCGCCAUAUGUGGGCAAGCGCUGCCAGCUUCGCUGUGUCUCUCUGCUGGGGAUGGAGAAAGGGGGCAUCGCCGAAUCACAGAUUUCGGCCUCCUCUGUGUAUUACGGCAUGCUGGGGCUGCAGCGCUGGGGCCCGGAGCUCGCUCGCCUCAACAACAAGGGCAUUGUCAACGCAUGGACCGCAGCCACUCACGACAAGAGCCCGUGGAUUGAGAUCAAUUUGCAGAGAAAAAUGCAGCUGACAGGCAUCAUUACCCAAGGUGCCAGUCGAAUGGGCACGGCAGAGUUUGUCAAAGCCUUCAAGGUGGCGUCCAGCCUGGAUGGGAGGCAGUACACCAUAUACCGGCGUGAGGGACAGGGGAAGGACGAGUUGUUUGUUGGGAACAUGGACAACGAUGGUAUCAAGACCAACAUGUUUGAUCCCCCCAUUGUGGCACAACACCUCCGCGUCCUCCCAGUAAUUUGCCGCAGGGCCUGCACCCUGCGUAUGGAGCUAGUAGGCUGCGAGCUAGAUGUUUAUUUAAACACGGCAGGUUGCUCUGAGCCCCUGGGCAUGAAGUCACGCGUCAUCUCAGAUAGGCAGAUCACAGCUUCCAGUGCCUUCCGCACCUGGGGCAUUGAAGCCUUCACCUGGUACCCCCACUACGCCCGGCUGGACAAACAGGGCAAGAGCAAUGCCUGGACCGCAGCAUCAAACAGCCGCUCAGAAUGGCUGCAGGUGGACUUGGAGACACCCAAACGCAUCACAGGCAUCAUUACCCAGGGGGCAAAAGACUUUGGAGUGGUGCAGUUUGUAUCUGCCUUCAAAGUGGCAUACAGUGAUGAUGGCCGUUCCUGGACCGUGGUAAAGGAUCAAGAGACCAAGACCGAUAAGGUUUUCCAAGGAAACAGUGACAAUAAUGCGCACAAGAAGAACGUAUUUGAACCAGCAGUCUAUGCCCGUUUUGUGCGCAUCCUGCCUUGGACAUGGCACGAGCGCAUCACCCUGCGCGUGGAGCUGCUCGGCUGUGAUGAAUAGCACCCAGGCUCUAAUCCCAGUCCUUCGCUUACUGAGCUCUGUCCCCUGCCAUACCUGUACUGCCUUGUCUGCAAAUGCAGAUGCCAGCAUCACACCUCACUUGAUACCCUGAGCAGUUUGUGUCAGCUGAACAGCCUCAUUUGCAUGGACCUUAACUUGCCCGCUCUGGAUAUUCUCACCCUGUGAUAUAGAAGCAUGCAGUGAAUACUGGUAAAAUAUUAAUGUUUUUUGGUAUAUGGACUCAAGCCGAUUCCAAUACUCUAGUACCCCACAGGGUGUAAACCUUUGUCUUUGUACUAAGGCUUCACUGUUUUUUUAUUUUUUUUUUAUUUUUAUUUUUAUUUUAUUUUUUAACAGUGUUCUCUAAAAAGUGCUUUGCUUAGUUUAGAUUUCUGGUAUUAAUGUGGACCAAUUUAUUUGCUUUGAAGUCAUCCUAUAAGCAUGAUUACAUUAGUUCUCACUUUAAAUAAAUAAAUGGAUUUAGCUAGAUAUAAGGCCUGGCCCUGCUUCCAGAGGGCCUUACUCAGGUCUGAAUAGAUCUGGGAGCUUCUGCCGAGGUUCUUGUAGUGGGGAGGACUAUGGGGUCUUUGACAAUGCACUGUAAAUGCACUGUAUAACUCUUGAAAAUGCACAAAUAUCGACUGUAGCAGAUAUUUUGCCUAACAUCAAUAACGGGUAUACGUGAAGAUGGAUAUUCUCAAGAGUUAGAUAAGUGAUAACUGCUUGUUUGGGGGUACUAGAAAACAUAGAAGAAAUAAUAUGAAUAUAAAUGGAGAGCCCAUUACAACUGUCUAUUGUGUUACAUUUUAAAAGCCUGCCUUUGCCUUGGCUUUCUUUGUCAUCAAAUCAAGUUUAAUCUUCACCUGAAACAGUUUUUAACUAAUAUGGGUUUUACUAUGCAGAAAAUUUCAGUCAUUUCCAAAAGGAAGAAAAUCCCAUUGUGAAAAAUAAUUUGAAAAAGACAGUAGGUGGGUGUAUUUUUCUGUGUGUUUUUCAUUUUCUUCAAUCAUCUGUGAAAAUAAUUUACAUGUUACGUCUCCUGAUGUUUGCUGCACAGGGUUUGCAUAGAGAGGAAAGUGACCCUUGAAUGGGAUAAAGCUCACAGGUGUCUGGUAAAACUGGGCCAAAGGCACAGUUUUCUGCAGCUGCACCUUGUCUCUCCCAUGACCUUACAGUCGGCAUGGUGCUCAUUCCUCUAGACUCAUUUCCCAAAGUUGGAUGUGUGCAAUAAGUGGGUGGUUAAUGGAGAGUUGAGGCCAUCAGAGGAAGAGCAGAUGGAAUUGCUUGUAGCUAGACACAAAAGGCACAGGUUUAAAGUCAUAAAUGCUGUAAAUGCACAAACCAUUAUGAAAUACAUUAUUUCAGGACUUGGAUGCGCAUAUUAACACUGUAACAUUUCAUUAACAAGUUACCAUGUUGUUCAGUCUAUACAUAUCAGCUCUAAAGAAAUUCCGCUCUCUCUCUUCAUCCAAGUUUUCUAUAAUUUGCUUUAAACAGAUAUUUUGUGUGAUUAGAACAUUACUGUGAUACACAGAAUCAAUAAUAGUACACUGACUUUUGUGUUUGUGUGUGGUUUAAUUUUUUUUUAAAGAAAUCUAUAAUGUUGGGUCUCUGUAGUUGAAAUUCCAAAUAAAGGUGAUGAGUGCAUUUA